CCGUCACAUCGACGAAGCAGGUUCGAUUCGAACGCCUGCAUGAGUUUCUCAUUGGAGCGGCUGAAUGGGCUGAUCGACGCUGGGCGGAGAGGAGUUUUUUUUUUUAUUAUUACUGCAAGCACGAGUUUGCUACCAAGAAGGAGGUGAAAUAAGACAGAAGAUUUAGGUAUCUGUUUCCUAUAAAGACCAAGGCUAUUAUGAUUUCCAUCCCGAAGUAUUAUGAGGGGAAGAAUGUCCUCAUUACUGGGGCUACAGGUUUUAUGGGCAAAGUUCUUCUGGAAAAGCUACUCCGAUCGUGUCCUAAUGUGAAAGCAGUUUAUGUGCUGGUCAGACCGAAGGCGGGACAGGACCCUGAGCAACGUAUACAAGAGAUGGUGACUUGCAAGCUGUUUGACAGACUGAGAGAGGAGCAGCUAUGUUUUAAGGAGAAGAUCAUACCUGUCAGCAGUGAGUUGACACAAUCAGAACUGGGCUUAAGCAGAGAGGAUCAAGAACAAUUAGGGGAGCAUAUAAACAUUGUCUUCCACUGUGCAGCUACUGUGAGAUUCAAUGAACCACUCAAGGAUGCAGUGCAACUAAAUGUUCUCGCCACACAGCAGCUUCUAGCACUGGCUCACAGAAUGAAAAAUCUUGAGGUGUUCAUACAUGUUUCAACUGCAUAUGCAAACUGCAAUCGUAGUCUUAUUGAAGAAGUUGUUUACCCUCCACCAGUGGACCAUAAGAAGCUCAUUGACUCUUUAGAGUGGAUGGAUGACAAGUUAAUUAAUGAAAUUACACCAAAGCUCAUUGGCGAUAGACCCAACACCUAUACAUACACAAAAGCUUUGGCAGAGCAUGUUGUCCAGCAGGAAUGUGGAAACCUAAAUGUUGCCAUUAUAAGGCCUUCCAUUGUUGGGGCAAGUUGGAAGGAACCAUUUCCUGGCUGGAUUGAUAAUUUUAAUGGACCCAGUGGAAUCUUCAUUGCUGCUGGAAAAGGAAUCCUGCGUACAAUGCGAGCUUCCAAUAAUGCUGUGGCCGACUUGGUUCCAGUUGAUGUUGUUGUUAAUACUACACUUGCAGCAGCCUGGUAUUCAGGAGUUCAUCGAUACACAAGGCCAAGAUCUGUUUUGGUAUAUAACUGUACAACUGGAGGAGUUAAUCCAUUUCAUUGGGGAGAAGUUGAGAAUUGUGUAAAUGUGUCCUUCAAGAUGAAUCCCUUAGAACAGGCAAUCAGGCGCCCCAAUGUUAAUCUCCGUUCCAAUCCUUUUAUGAAUCAGUACUGGAGAGCUGUCAGUCAUGUAGUACCUGCACUGCUGUAUGAUGGGUAUCUCAUGUUGACAGGUCAGAAACCCCGAAUGAUGAAAACCAUAACAAGACUUCAUAAAGCUAUGAUGCUACUGGAAUAUUUCACCAGUCACUCCUGGGUUUGGAGUACUGACAACACUAAUAUGCUAAUGAACCAGUUGAGUGCUGAAGAUAAGAAGGUGUUUAAUUUUGAUGUAAGACAGCUACAUUGGGCUGAGUAUAUGGAAAAUUACUGUAUGGGAACCAAGAAAUAUGUCCUGAACGAGGAGCUCUCUGGACUUCCAGCAGCAAGAAAACAUCUCAAUAAAUUAAGGAAUAUCCGAUAUGCUUUCAACACAAUCCUUGUCGUCUUGAUUUGGCGUGUUUUCAUAGCAAGAUCACAGAUGGCUCGAAAUAUCUGGUACUUUGUAGUCAGCUUGUGCUACAAGUUCCUGUCCUACUUCAGAGCCUCCAGUACAAUGAGAUACUGAGAAACACAAAUUCCUGGAAUUUGAAGCUCUAUGCAUUUGAAGGAAUGCUUUCCGAAGACUGGACAGUACUGUCUGCAUUACAUGUUUAUGCUGACAAAACUAAAAACAUUCUACAUGUUGUGUGUUGUGUAUCUGUAUGUAAUUUAUUUGAAACGACUGAAAGGUUAAGUACAAAAAAGAGUGGAGAUCCUGUACCUAAUAGCCUUUGGCAAUUUUUAAAAAUAACUGUUAAGCAAACAAUAUGCUGUUUAGUAAAUCUGCCACCUUGUAACAGCAUAUGUCCACAAUUUAUCAAUCUAAGAUUGUUUUUUCAGGGACAGCAAAGAAAAUUAGGGAGACUUCACUGUUGCCGAUUGUUCCUGGGCUUUACGGUUUCUUUUAAUAUUCAGUUGUUUUCUUUGGCACUUCUUCCCGUUUUCCAUACAGUGCAUUUUUUCUCUCCACAUUUUGUUUAAACUUGUAGUUACCCAAAACGGUGUUUCUGAAAAUAUCCAAUGCUGUUUAUAAUUUUCACUCUCAAUUUUGUCCCUUCAUGUAAAAUUAAGAUAUAUCCUACUUCAUGUGCUAAUGAGUGAAAAAAGGCAUUUUUGAUGUUUGUUAUAUUUUUUGGAUGGAUGGCAUUUAUUUUUGUAGUUCAUUACAGUGCCUAAUGUCAGUCUGACUUUGUUACUAGUGAAAAACGUGAGAAAAGCAAGUAUGUUCCAGAGGAUUGGGCAUAUGGCAAAGACAGUGGUAUAUUGUGUGGUGAUUCUCACAAAAAUUUGAAAAAUUCAACUUUAAGUGCUUGUCCACUUGAAUGGUGUGUCGAAAUAGUGUAUGGAAAUGUCUAUAUUUAUAUGAAGGAAUUAACCUUGUGUGUAAUUCACAUGAUUUUGUGUGUUUUUUUCCUGAAGAAAUUAAUCAAAGUAGAUAUAUCCUAGUUGCACUUACUAUAAUUGAAAGUUUGUCAGUCAUAUAUUUAAUAGUGAAUGUAUUUUGGAGAGUACUGUUUUUUUCCAGCAACAGUUUAACCUUAGUUUCUUCAGUGAAAUGUGUACACUUUUCCUUUUCUGAAGGGCUGAGACUUGAAUUUAGUUUCUGGUAUAACAGUGAGGUUGUAUGUCUUUUCUCUUCCCUAUUUCAGUUUAGAAACUAAUAGACUUUUAACAAUUCUUGCUAAUGGCAAAGAAGUGAAAUUUUCAUCAUCUGAAUGAAAAGUGGCAUUCAACUAAUAGUUUGAUAUUUUUUGAAUAUAUAAAUAUUAUAUGUAUAUAAAAAAACUUGAAAAUAGAAAAUGGUGCCUGAAUUUUCACAUGCUGUUUGCAAAGCAAGGCAAAAACUAUUUUGUAAUCUGUUAUUGUAAAAUUAUAUUUAGAAAGUUGAUUUAAAAAAGGAACUUCAAGAACAAGUUUGGUUAAAAAAACAAAAGCAAAAUAGAAGAAACCAUUUUAUUUUUGUGAUUAGAAAAAAUGUGAUGUAUUUAUUUACAAAAAAAGCUGUUAUCUUUUGAAAACUAUUGUCUGGCGUGUUUCAAUGACAUCUAUAAAGCUGAAGUGGCAGGAGAACCAUUCAAAAUAUUUGAAUCUGUUUUAGUCUUUUUGGGAUGCUGUUACUUGUAUGAUCAUUUCUCAGACUGUUUCUUGCUGCUGUUUUUCACAAUGAUUUCAUUGGACGCUAGAAGAGUAAUCAGAUAAACAAGGUUCAGAUAUAUUUUUAAUUUUUUUGUGUGGUAGGUUUGAAUUUUUCUCCAUAUUCAACUUCCAUUAUAAUAGUUCAUACUCUAGCAGUAAAUACGCUGCCAGCAUAUGUAAAUAUUAAGUUAUUUUUACAUCAAAAAAUUGGUCAUUUCUGGUUUUGUAUUGAGCUUCCAGGGAAAAUGAGGGUGGCUGCACAAUUGGCCUGAAGGGAUUUAACAAUUCCCAAAAUGAUAAAUUAUAAGAUAUUUUGUUGCCUUUUAUCCUAUUUACUCACUUAGGAACAUUGCUUGAUAUAAUAGAAAAUAAUACUGUGUUUUUUGUUUUUUUUUUUUUCUUUUUCAUGACAAGCUCAGUGCAAUGCAUUCUUUAAUUGGUUAUGUGAACAAAGCUCACGACAGUUUAUUUACAGUUGGGGGACUUUGGAGUUCCAUGUACUGACAGUUUUUGUUAUAAGUUAAUUAUUUUCCAUUUGCCGUCAUAUAUAAAAACUGAAUGAAAGUCUAAAGUAAAUUAGUAAAUAGUACAACAGCCAAAUUUCCCAAUCUAUGUAGAGGUUUACUUUUACACUAAGUAACUAACUUGAAGCUUAUUAGAUUCUGGGUUUCCUCUUUAAAUUACACUGUAUUAUAUUUUCCAUAUUUAUGUCACUUCUUCCAGAUCUUUCAUGUGAAAUGUCCCUUGUAGCAUUUGUGGCAUGUACAGUAUACCUAAUGACCAAUACGUUUUAACUUCUCCUUCGUAUCUAAUAUUUGAAGAGUUAAAAGACAAAAAGUAAAUGUUAAUAGAAACAUUAUGGGUGCCUUUGUUUGUAAACCAAAAAGGAAAAAUAAAUCAAAGAGAAGGAA